AUUGCACGGUGGCGUGUAUUCGGUUUCGAAAGUUUUUAUUUAAUUUCUGCAGGAUCUAUGACUGCUGAUCGUAAAUGCGAUUUGUGCCUGUUGAACGUACAUUGUUCAAAAUUCUUUCGCGCGUAUCGCAUUUACUUUUCACGCAAUUGAUCCCGAGCUAUUCUCAAGUUAUUUCACAAGGAUCCUCGGUGAGCACGGAUAGAUCAGAACUGGUGAUGGGAGAGAGAAAUUGGAAAGAUUGGAGACCUUUUGUGUAUGGUGGCUUAGCUUCAAUCGUUGCGGAAUUGUGUACCUUUCCUCUAGACACUACGAAAACGCGUUUGCAAGUGCAGGGUCAGAAGUAUGAUCAGAAACUCGCUCGUUUAAGGUACUCUGGCAUGACCGAUGCUCUACUACAAAUAUCUAAGAAUGAAGGAAUAAAAGGAUUAUAUUCCGGGAUCAGUUCUGCCAUUUUGCGGCAGGCGACGUACGGGACGAUAAAGUUCGGGACUUAUUACUCUCUGAAAAAGGCUGUGACCGACACGUGGGCAACUGGCGACUUAGUUACGAUAAAUGUCGUUUGCGCGGCGUUAGCCGGAGCGGUAUCGAGUGCGAUUGCCAAUCCUACUGACGUGAUAAAGGUUCGCAUGCAAGUCACUGGCUCCGAGAUGAACAUGUCGUUGUUCACGUGCUUCCAGGAUGUGUACAGGCACGAGGGCGUGCGUGGGCUCUGGAGGGGUGUUGGGCCGACUGCUCAACGAGCGGCCGUUAUCGCGGCUGUCGAGUUACCUAUAUACGAUUAUACCAAGAGUAAAUGUAUGAGCGUAUUGGGAGACAGCGUUAGUAAUCAUUUCGUGUCAAGUUUUAUAGCUAGUAUGGGAAGUGCUGUAGCCUCAACGCCCAUAGACGUCAUACGCACACGGCUGAUGAAUCAGAGAAGAGUACAUAUUGCUGGUAAUACACUCCCGACACACAUUUACAGUGGCAGUAUAGACUGUUUGCUGCAGACGAUUAAAUAUGAAGGAAUUCUAGCCCUUUACAAAGGCUUCGUGCCGACCUGGUUUAGGAUGGGGCCGUGGAAUAUUAUAUUUUUUAUCACCUACGAGCAGUUGAAGCAGCUGAACUACUCGUGAUGCAUCGGUAGAUGUACGAUAAAUAUUCAAAUUCUUUAUUAAAAAUGAGAUCUGGACACAUGUUUUAAUGUACAUUAUAACGGAUUUAGCGUUGCAAUCUCGGUUGUGUGUAAUUUGUUGAACGUGAGAGAAUGACAUUAGGUGACGUUAUUGUAAUGUAUAGGGAAACUGAGAUAUCUUUCAACCGACGUAACUAUAAAGAAGCAAGAAAGUAAACUCGGAAAAGUCUAAGAGCUUCCUAAGGUACAAACUUGACGAAUAGUUUUAACCGACGUUAUUAUGUAGAAAAUGGCGUGAAACUCUCUUUCCUUCUCUCAGAUCUUGUUGUAGACUCAGCCUCCGUUACUUAUUACUUCGAAGCGUUACGACGUCCAUGCAUAAAAAAAAGAACUAUUGUAGUCGAAGGUUCCUGCUUGGAUUUAACGCAAUAUCUUGUACAAUACUAGUCAUUGUUAUCCACAUGAUGUUGAAUCAUUUUACUUCCAGUAUUUUUACGUAGCAUUUAUUGUCAUACUUCUGAUACAUGUGCUAGUCAUUUUAAGAGAUUCUUCUGAAAAAAAUGGAUGCCAAAUACACGGUCCAAAAUUCAAUUUGUUAUUAUUAAUUUUGUGACGUUAGUUAUAAAUUGAAAUGGCCAGCUCAAAUUCCGCGAAAGUUUUGAUAUGUAAUUUAAAAAAAUUUUGUUACUCUUAUGAUUAAGUGAAGCAACGUGAUAGAAAUGCUAACUUUAUUCCUCCAUUCUCUAUCCUCUAAAAUAAAUAUAUGUGUGUAUAUUUGUAUGUAAUAGUACAAAUGCCUGUGGUAUAUUUAAUAUUUAAUUUCACUUUUAAUUGCAAAUAAUUACCAUGAUCGCUGACGAGCUGAUAAAUACGCUAAACAUAAUGAUAUUACAUAAUGAUAGUUUAUCACAACACGAAAUCAUUUACCUUCUCGUUAAGAUAGGAAGACUGACUGGCAUAGCCUAGAUAUACUUCGCGUAAGAGGAGCGGAAUGUAACAUUACAUAUCAUUAUGUACGUAUACAAUAUAUUAAAUAAAUUAUAUG